AUGAAGACGGCAUUCGAAAAAAUUGAGAAGUUGAAAUUAAAUUUUAAGGAAAAAGUAUCAUCUUCUUUCAUCAAAAAGAAAAAAGUCGUUCGACCUUCGCCUGAAGAAUACGAACAAAACGGAAUUAUUGUUGGAGUCAAAUAUGAUGCGCAUUGUCCCCAAUGUUCGAAGGAGAUUGAGAAGCAUAUCAAGAAGAUGAAUGGGGUUUUAGAAGUGAAUUCUCAUUUAAAAGAAAGUGAAUGCCCGUCAGAGGCAGAAGUAACUGUGGAAGGUGUGUUUGAUCCAACAAGGUUAAUGCAUCACAUAACCAAUAAAACUAAAAAGGCUGUGAAGAUAUAUGUGAAGGAAGAAAAGCCGAGAAGAAAACCUGCUGAUGGUUCAAGUCCUAGUGACAAUGGAGGAGGAAAUCAUAAUGAAAUAAGAGAAGAAGAGGAAGAAGAGGAAGUUGACAAUAAUCAGAAUCAUCAAUCAGGAGAGAUUGAAGAAGUGAAAGAAUAA